AUGUCAGGAGAUGAUGACCGCGAGUACGAGGACUACUUGAGGCUCGCUACGGAACAGAACCCGUCCAUGAUUAUGGAACUGGACCUUGAGGGGAGGAUCAAAUAUAUAUCGAAGCAAUGGGAGGAUAUUGUGCAGUUGCCGGUGCCCACGGGGUCCAUUUCCUCAGUGAUAGACGGCACAGAGGAAGAUAAGAUGGUUUUCAACAGGGCUAUGGAGAUGAUGUUGCAGAACGAUAACAUCAGCUACACGGUCACUUUCACACUGGCAAGUGGGGAAGUACUGGAGGCAUGCGGGAUCAUGAUCUCGGGGGACGAAAAGCAGGAGACGCACUCGAUGUGGAUACUCAAACCGUACAACGAAAUGCCGCACGAUAUUGUCGGGCUACCAGAGACUUUGUUGCAGAAGUUAGGGUUUGGGGCCACCAUCUUUCACGAGUAUCUGAAACAACUGGAGGCCCAAGGUAUCACAGAUGAGGCGGAACUGCCUUGUCCGCGGCUUGAACUGUGCAGGGUGUGUGAAUGCUUUGUCCCAGAUUGGUGGCUCGAAACACACUCCCAAACGUGUGUGAUGGAACAUAGAGUCGAAUCAGUGAUACAGUUGCUGCACGAUAACCUGAUAGAUCAAAUGAACCUCAUAUCGCAACAGCCAACAGAGUACAAAAACUUGCCCCUUGUGACCAAAUCAGAUUCGUACUUGGACAACAUCUUGGACUCGCUGAAGAAUCUGUGCCAAUUUGCUAUAAACAUCAACACCAGUGAAUUGUUCUCCAAGUAUCAGAAAUUUCACAACAAUAAGACAGAAUCCCUGCUAGAUAUGUUCAACGACCAAGGCAGAUCAGAAGAGCAAGACAAUGCAUCGCAAUGCUUCUUUGAGUUCUCUCCAAACACGAAGACUCACAUCAGGGAAAUCCAACUGUGGGAAAACCCACUACAAUUGGACUCUCAAGACCAUGACCCUGAUAACGGGGGUGGGCUAACUCUGCUUGUUACAGAUACAAUACAGUUGGCCAGGGAAAAGGUGGAGGCAGUGGUCCGGUUGGACAAUGCAAUGACGUACUCGCUAAAGAUUAGGAACGAGAUCAACAACGAGGUCAUGUCUAUGAUAAGGGAGCAGCUAGAAUUCAACAGAAUGCAAAUCCCAAAGCUCGAAUCGCCACAACCAUCAGCCAAACCACUUUUCGCCAACUCCUACUUGCAAAACGACGUCAUGCCACAUAGGAGCGAUAACGACUCCAAUGGAAGCAGACUUAGUAACAUGAGCACAAAGGACCCAACAAGUUCUAGUGGUACAUACACACCUACAGAUAUCACAGCCCCGCAACCUAGAGAGGAAUGCCCCUCCGGUUCAAUAACUCCGGGGACAGAAGUCGCAUACCCAAAGGGAACGAAAUCUGCACAGCACACAACUUUACUUUCAGGCGACAAAUACAAACCACUGCCCACAGUAAGCACAGUGGCAACCAGUUUGUUACCGAAGGCAAGAACCACGAUCUCUUUAACUCCGCGACGUGGGUCGCCACUGUUAAUGCAGAGAACAAGCAGUGCUAACCCUUCCAUCACGGACAAAUCUCCUCUCAACUCCCCCUUUGUGAAUUCUAGAGAGUAUUUAACACCAGAGCAAUUUCCAGCAGGUGUCAGCUCGCCAAACCAACCACUUUCCCCAUUGCUGCUGGCAACGAAUCAGUUUAAGACUCCAGCACCUACUAUCAAGGACUACGAUAUUUUAAAACCGAUCAGCAAGGGAGCAUACGGUAGCGUUUACUUAGCGAAGAGGAAAUUGACAGGAGAAUAUUUUGCGAUCAAAGUGUUAAGGAAGUCCGAUAUGAUUGCCAAAAAUCAAGUCACAAACGUAAAAUCUGAGAGGGCAAUCAUGAUGGUUCAAAGCGAUAAACCGUACGUCGCAAGACUUUACGCCACUUUCCAAAAUAAAAAUAACUUGUUUUUAGUGAUGGAAUACUUAGCGGGCGGAGACUUAGCCGCACUGCUAAAAAUGAUGGGGUAUUUACCCGAUAAAUGGGUUAAACAGUACAUCACGGAGAUUAUUAUUGGUGUUGACGAUAUGCAUAGGGACGGGAUCAUACAUCAUGAUCUAAAGCCAGACAACUUGUUGAUAGAUUCGUCAGGACACGUGAAACUGACGGAUUUUGGUCUGUCGAGAGCAGGGUUGAUCAAAAGGCACAAGAUGUUGCCAAGGAAGAAAAACAGUCUGACACUUACACAGGAUAAUAGUCCAAGUUCAUCCACGCCAAACUCUAAUCAAAGUUUCAGGAUAAGAAGGGCAGCAAAAUCAAGAAAUCCAUCAGAUUCGUCUGAAACCUCAAAACCUCUGGACUUUGUGGGGAAAUUCAAUAGCGAAGUACAGGCAUUGAAGAGAACUGAAUCCGAAUUAUCAUUCUCUAUGAUAGAUGUCUCAAGAUCGAGUACCCCGCCACCACCUAUGACAGGUAUGAGGACAUCUACAUCAUCAGCUAAUGGGUCAUUUAGCUCCACUACAGGAGGAGGCGGGGGGAAAGGGGGAGGUUCAUCUUCUUCAGCGGCCACAGCAACUACAGCUGUAACACCUACUCUACCAUUGACCAAUGAUGUAUCAACUCCAGUCCAGGUGGCACCCACAACAGGUAUAGAAUACCAUUCCUUGGAAAGCAGUACGGCACCACCAUCUGACUUAGCAUUGUUUCACCCUAAUGAUACUAAGCAAAACAAGAAAUUCUUUGGAACGCCAGAUUAUUUGGCGCCUGAAACUAUUGAAGGCACUGGGGAAGAUCCAAGCUGUGAUUGGUGGUCUGUUGGUUGCAUAUUUUUUGAACUCCUUUUAGGAUACCCACCGUUCCAUGCCAGCACACCCGAAAGGGUAUUUCAGAAAAUAUUAUCAUGCGAUGUACAAUGGCCUGAAUUUAGCUCCCUGGAAGAGGAAAGAGAAGUCAUAACACCAGAGGCCAAAGAUUUAAUAAUAAAAUUAUUGGAACUGGAUCCCAAGAAACGGCUCGGAUCUAAUGGCGCUAUCGAAAUUAUGAAACAUCCAUACUUCAACGGGGUUGACUGGGAUAAUGUCUAUGACUCCGAGGCUUCCUUUGUCCCGAGCAUUGAAAAUAUGGAAGAUACUGACUAUUUCGAUCCCAGGGGCGCGGUCUUGGAGGAUUUUGGAGGCGAUGAUAAUGACGAGGAUGUCGGUAAUUCCUCAGUUAAAAUGAAUCGUAGCAGGGUGGACAGCAACCUGGAUGUACCGGAGAUUCAGACGUCGCCAGGAUAUGUCCCGCUAUUGGGUUCACCCGGUGGUGAUAACUCCGGCCAAAACAAGUCAUCUGGUUUAGCAUUAACCACAAGUGCAGAUAUUGCAGGCCUUUCGAAUAAAGCUCUGAACAAAUUGAGUAUUGCAUCAGUUCUAGAAUCAGUUCCUCAUGAUGCAGCCGGCAGCAGAAGCUCUGCAAAAAGUAUAUCCUUGGCCAUUCCUCCUCACAUGAGAGAGAGGAGAGGAAGUAAGUUAAGCGACUCACAGACAGAGUUUGGAUCGUUUUACUUCAGAAAUCUCUCGGCACUGGAUAAGGCGAACAAAGAUGCGAUCAACAGGCUGAAGAGCAAACACAUGAACGAAGCGGGACAACAUCGCAGAUCGUCGUCCAGCUCGCAAGCAGGAUCCUCUUCAGAAAACUCGUUGAGCAAGGCUCGUCCAGGAAGAAUAUCCUUAAACGGAUCACCAGCCAUCAACUCGAUCACGAGAAGCAUUGCCAAAUCAGACACGUCUAGUGUUCGGUCUUUUUCUCCAGAUCGAUCCAUGAGCUUGGAAAGAUCAAUCACCUCCAGGAAGGGUAGCAACGCCAGCAUGUUGGACAGUAUCGUGACCGCGAACCCGCUAACGGCAUCAAUAACCAAUGCAAGCACCCCUAUAGGGGUUAAUCCAUCCUUCUAUUAUAGUGAUUCAGAAUCGCCUAUAGUGAAUAAGUUCAAGUCUCCGUUGUCCCCUUCGCACGCUGUUCAGUCUAGUGUGGCACGAUCAGGUCUGAUUUUAAAACCUGCACCGGUCGCCGAUAAACGACGCAGCUCAAGCGAAACAAACAGCGAAAACAGCGACAGACUCCAGGCAAUUUCGAGAGUGAACUCUUUACGAUAUAGGAGGAGAAGUCAACGAAAGAGUUCUGGGAUGAGUGACAAUGCCAACAUAGGCUAUCAUAUGGAUAUUUUAUUGUGUGAGCCCAUUCCCAUACACCUAUACCGUGCUGUGAAAGAUUUGGAAACUUUGGGUUGUUCGGUUGUUAGUGUAGGUGCUGCAGACGAGUUGGUGUCUAGGGCAACAGGGUCCGUCAAAUUCGAUAUCAUUAUAUCUGCGUACCGCUUGAGUAAAUUGGGUGCUCUGGAUAUCUGCAAACUUUUAAGAAAGACAAAUGGAAUUAACUCCAAUACACCUUUUAUUGUGGUCACCAAUUACUAUCAAGAGGCCCUCAGCUUUAACGUCUUUGACGACGUUCUAGAGAAACCUGUCGUUUUCGAUGAUCUCAGAAGGGUCAUUUCGAAGUACGCUCUAAAGAAAAGUCAAGAGGAGGAGGACACCAUAUUUUCGGAUGCAGACGAUUUCCACAUCCCUCAAUAG